CGAUUAUCGAACUUUUCUAUUCUGUGCGUGACCGCAUCAGAUAGUUCUGUGCCCUUCGUCACAGUCCACGGUCACUGUUUAGUUGUGUCAUAAAGUAUGGGCAAAGAAAAGCAUAAGAAACAUAAGGAUAAAAGUAAGACUAAGAAGGAAAAGAAGGAUAAGAAACAUAAAAAGCAUAGGCGGCGUUCAAGCUCAGACAGCUCGGAGAGCGAUGACAGCUUUGAGGGAGCGGAUCAGCAGCUGCAGCGCGAACGGGCUGCCGUCACUACGCUGCGGGACAUCCUGUCUGGCUAUCCCGCUGUCCGCAAGGAGCUGCGCGAGAUGUUGUGGCGCGUGGACCAAGGCGAGGCUGCGGAUAUUUCUGGCGUUCCGGAUCCGGACCUCAAGGCGCAAUUGGCGCAGUUCCUAAACCUCUUGCGGCUGCGGCGCAACGACAAGGGCGUGUACGGCCUAGCUGACCGAGCGGAGCGCAUCCUUCCCAUAGUCGCCUUUGUUUUCGAUGAGCCCCCGCGGCCCCGUCCGCAGCAGCCUCAGGUGGCGCCCUCCGCCGCCGCAGCCGCUGCAGGGCCCGCACCGGCUGCUGCAACCACAGGCGCUCCUCCAGCACCCGCUCAGCCUUCGCAGCAGCAACAGCAGGAGGUGAAGGAGGAGGAAGAAGGCGACGGGACGGCAGGGGCGGCAGGGCCCGGUGUGGGUCCUGCCAUUGGACCCAUAGGGCCUACGGCGGCCCCUUACGCGGGACCAAGCGCCAAAGAUCAGCAGCCGCCAGACGGCGACGACGACGACGGCGGCCCUGGCAGAGCAGCUGAUGGCACCCAGGAGGGCGAGGCUGCUGCUGCAGCUGGGACGGCGGCAGCAGCAGCAGCAGCGGCUCCAGCCCGCCGUGUUGCGGGUCCCGCCAUGCCGCCACGGGAGCUGCUAGAAGCGGCCGCGGCGGCUGCGGAGGCGCUGCAGGCGGCGGGGACCUCUGAUGACGAUGAUGACGAUGACGGGGGGUUGCUGGUGGGUCCGCCGCCGCCGGAGCUGGUGGAGGAGUUGGAGGCGGCACCGCAGGACGAGCGGGAGGCUGAGGUGGUGCGGAUCGUCAAGGUCCUCCGGGAACAUGCCGCCGCCGGCCCUGCUCCCGGGCCCGCUGCCGCCCCCGCCGCCGCCGGCGCCGGCAGCUCCCCCGACGCCUACCAGGUCCUGGGCGUGUCGCCCUCUGCCCCCGGCGGUGAGGUGAAGAAGCGCUACAUGCGGCUGUCGCUGCUGAUCCACCCCGACAAGUGCGCGCACCCGCUUGCACACGAGGCCUUCCAAGCCGUGGCAACAGCUGCCAAGGUGCUUCAGGACUCGGGGCUGCGUACGGCAUUGGACGAGCGCCGGGCAGAUGCGGAGCUCCGGCGGGCCGCAGAGGCGGCGGCGGCACAGCAGGAGCGCGAGCGAGCUUGGCGGAUAGCGCGAGGCGAGGAGGUGGCCGCUGCAGGUCCCGGCGGUUGGCCUGGCGCCUCCGCCGGCUCCCAGCGGGAGACCUGGAUGACGGAUCUCCCCCCGGAGCGCUCCGCUGCCGCCGGCAUCGGCGCCGUCAGUCAGACCAGCGUGCGUGCCUUCAGCCAGCGGGGCAAAACCGGCCGAGGUGACACGUCAGCAUGGACGGACAACCCCGAGCAGCGCAAGGCCCGGGAGGCGCAGGCGCUGCUUGCGGCCGCAUCGGAGGCGUACGUGCGGGCACUGCCGGCAGCGGGAGGAGCGGCAGGCGGUGGAGGAGCAGGACCGGGGGGUGCGGGAGGGACGGCGGCGGCGGCAGCGCUGGACACGUUCAAUGAGGCGUCACGGAAGAAGAGCCUGUUUGAGGUGCAUGCGGAGUUGCAGGAGAAGGCCAAGCAGGAGGCCAAGGCGGCUCGGAAGGCGGCCAAAAAGCAAAAGACGGCUGAGGGCGGCGCCGCCGCUGCGGGUGCGGCUGCAGAUGGGCAGGACUGGCCUUGGCGGCCCUUUGAUCGCGAGCGGGACUUGGACCUCAAGCCCAAGGCCAAAUCGGGCGCUGACCUGCUUAAGAGCGCUGCGGCACUGGGGUCGAAAUUUUCAGGAGGGAACACUCAGCGCCACUUUUUGUGAGGAGGAUGCCGCUCGUUUGUACCCUUCCUUGGUGCUGUUGCCGGGUGCUGGAGUCCAAGGCAUGUGCUCUUUUGCCACGACCCACAUAUGCAAUGUUAGGACGACGCUUUUUGGAUUUCUGCCGUGCGCUAGUUGGCGUAAAGGCGCGGGAGGGAAUGCGUGUGCGGUCUUUUCUUGCAUCACAGUGGCUGGAAUGGGAGGAGUCGGUUGGGCUGGGGUUGGACCGUCGUGGGGCGUAUGAAAUGGGUUUUGCAACAUGUGCAUGUGUUUUAGCAGGGGUUAUUCCAACACCGUGCCAUGCUUCCAUGUCGCUUCAUAGCAGUUGAAAAACGUAGCAAAAGAGGCUACACAGCAGCGCCACGCUUGAUACGCUCAGCAGCAGUCCAACGCGAAAACGGAAGGCCAAGAUGUAAUCCUCCUUACCU